AUGUCGCAUCGGCCACAUCCUCAUUCCACCACCAUCCCGAACCACCACCACAAGGAUAUUCCCAGUUCUCCAGCCACACCCACCAGAACUCCGGCCCAGUUUCCACCACCGACGUCCCCUACGCCGGUCGCCGACUCUGCCGCAAGCCCAACCACUCCCACUGCGGGGACUCUGUCGGGCCAGGCAGAUGUCUCCUCUGUUGUACCCCAGCCCUCCAGACCGCAAUCUCGACCCGCAAGCCGCCACAGCCUGAAGCGGCCCUCCGCCCGUCAUGGUAAUCGCAUGCCUUCCGAGCCCGCCACCCCGGAAGAUAGAUCGCGACAGAAAGGCAGAGGCGCUAAUCGGGGCUCUCGCGCCGCUUCUCGUUCGAACCCCAAGCCCUCCAAGUCCCGGCACGCAGAACCCUCGAGAGGGGUCCUGCCUCAUCCCUCAUCCGUGACAAGUGCUGCCGCCUCACUCCACGAUGACACAACCAGAAUGCUCAAGCAGCUCGAGACGCGGCAUAUCAACCUAGAACAGCUCGUUGCCGAAGUCAAAGGCAUCUACGCCGGCCUCGUCAUGGUCGAGAGCAAAUGCAUCGAAGUCGAUAAAGUCGAUGCCAACGUCAGUAGUACCAACAAGGCGAGCUCGAGCUCUGGGGAUGACCCGACUGCCAAGGCAAACAACACCGUCCAGUCGGCCAAGUUGAACAACGAGCAAUGGCAAGCGCUCAUCGCCUUGCACCGGACCCUUCUGAACGAGCAUCAUGACUUCUUCCUCGCCAGUCAGCACCCGUCCGCUAGCCCUCCGCUCAAACGACUCGCUGCGAAGUACGCCAUGCCCGCGAGAAUGUGGCGUCACGGCAUCCACUCCUUCCUGGAGCUGCUCCGUCAUCGUCUUCCGGCCUCGCUCGAGCAUAUGCUCACCUUCAUCUACCUCUCCUACAGCAUGAUGGCCCUCUUGUUGGAAACCGUCCCCGCGUUUGAGGACACCUGGAUUGAGUGUCUCGGAGACCUUGGCCGUUAUCGUAUGGCUAUCGAAGACGAUAAUAUGGUGGACCGCGAGGUUUGGACUGGUGUGAGUCGACGGUGGUACAGCAGGGCCUCGGACAAAGCCCCUACCACGGGCCGCCUCUACCAUCACCUGGCCAUCCUGGCACGGCCGAACGGAUUGCAGCAACUGUUCUACUACGCCAAGUCGCUUUGCGUCCCCGUCCCCUUUUCGUCGGCUCGCGAGUCUAUCAUGACUCUUUUGGAUCCUAUUCUCUCGCGCCAACCCACCCGAUUACCUCAGCUGGAUGUGCACUUCAUCUUCGCUCAUGGCGUACUCUUCAGUGGUAAAAAGGAGUCGGAAUUUCCGUCCGCUCUGGAAGGUUUCGUUGACGGGCUGGAUAUUCAUAUUGCAAGGACGUCUCGCAUGUGGCUUGAACCUGGCUACUACAUUGCCGUUGCCAACCUAUGCGCUCUUCUGGGCUACGGCGAACCCACUAACCUGUUUAUGAGGACAUUCAAGGCUCUGAGACCGGAGGACAGCAGCCAGGACCAGCACCCCGUCAAAGAAAGCGACGAGAGGCUCGAGAAAGCACUGGAAUUAAACUGCCGGACGCACCGUGUUGUCUGGGGUCGCUUCAGGGACCCUAGCAUCCUGGCCUACCUUCACGUUGUUAUGGUGUUUCUCGAUCGUGUUGUCCGGCAUAGUAACCUGAUGGCCUACAUGGAGAAGCAGUUCCCCUGGCGACUACUAUCCGCCCAACUGAAUACGUUGCUGGAUGCCUCGGACGCCGCCCUUCGUUUCGACCAAGACGACUUCCCCCGCCCAGAGAAGGAAGCGCCCCGUCCUUUGCCCGAGGAUUACGCGAUGCGGGGCCUACUCUGGGUUGAUAACUACCUGCCCCUGGACUGGUUCACGAACGAGAAGACUGAUGACGAGGAGCGCUAUUUCGAGCUGCCGUCCAUGAUGGAUGCGCGGCGCGUUCGUUGCCUCUGGCUCGGACGCCGUAUCGCGCGACAGGGGAAGUGGUUGUUGUAUGAUGCUGAGACCCGCCAGUUCUCGGUCCCUCCGGAAUACGAGGAGGAUGUUGAUGAGAUGACCUACUUUGCGGCUCAGGGGGAGGUGUUGACCCCCAGCGAUGUCCCGGAGGGGGGCAAUUCGAUGACGGGCCGCCUAGAAACAUUGGGUGAAGCCAUGGACAUGGACAUGGUGUGUAACCUUCAGACGAGGCGGAACGCAAAGGCAAAAAAGCGUCUUCAUUUUGCGAACGGCUUCCUUCUUUCUCGGUUCUCCCUCAAUCUCAUCCCCCUUCGACCUCGGCCUUCACAAUCGCGGGACCCGUCCCGUCCCAUUCCUUCGGAUCCCAGCCUGUUCGCUUUCCACGUUGCACGGACUCGUCGUCCUAUCCGGAAUAUUCGGAUUCACGAGCAAGGCAACCAACUGCUGCGGCUUAUGGAGUACCGGUCCUCUCUGCUAGAAGCCUGGAAAAGGAUAUAUGCUGAGUAUGGACAAGGGUUGAAGUUCAACGUCCUACCUUCUGGUAGCGACGCACUGCGAAGUCAGUUUGGUUUCCUGGAAGAGAAAAUCUUCUGA